ACAUGCUUGUGUCAUCGCAAUUAUCCUCUCCCACGCUCGACUUUAUCUCCCGUUACUUUUCCAUUACCAGCCGAGUGGAAGAGGUAGAUUGUUUUUUAUAUAACUCGUCGUCUGUGAUAGUUUUUAUACUACGUUAGAUAUCUUGGAAUAUGCUUUUUAAAGCGAGACUACUACCAGCAGCAAUCGGCUCGAUCAUGUCGAACAAUUACGCAACUCUAACGAAGCCCGUACAGCAGACAACCGAUUUUCUUUUCAGACAGUUUUUCGAUCCUGUAUCGUCGACGUACACUUACCUGCUGGCCGACACCGAGAGCAAAGAAUCGAUACUGAUCGAUCCUGUGAUCGAAUGGGCCGAGCGGGAUGCCAAAGUCGUGGAAGAGCUCGGCCUCAAUCUCAAGUAUGCCAUGAACACUCACAUGCAUGCGGAUCACAUCACUGGCACGGGCAAAUUGAAGAAACUCGUGCCCGGCACGAGAUCGGUCAUAUCUAAGGCCAGCGAAGCCCUGGCGGACGUGCACCUGCUGCCCGGCGACGAGAUCGCGUUCGGACGACACAAGCUCACAGCUCAUCCGACGCCUGGUCACACGAGCGGCUGCAUGACGUACGUGUGCGAAGAACAGGGAGUAGCAUUCACCGGCGACACACUGCUCAUACGGGGUUGCGGUAGAACCGAUUUCCAAGGAGGCUCCGCGGAAACGCUUUAUCAGUCUGUGCACUCGGUGAUAUUUAGCCUGCCGGACAAUUUCAAAUUGUAUCCGGCUCACGAUUACAAUGGGCGCACCGUCACUACCGUGGCCGAGGAGAAGAGGUACAAUCCAAGACUGACAAAAUCCCUCGAUGAAUUCGUGAAGAUAAUGAACAACUUGAAAUUGCCAUAUCCAAAAAAGAUCGAUUGUGCUGUGCCAGCCAACAAAGUUUGUGGGCUGUACGAAGUCGAGGGCGAAAAAUGUACAAAAUAAUGAUUAUAUACUUUUUUAAUAAUUUAAUAUACUGAUGGACGGGUAUGCAUAAUGUGGAUAAAAUAAAGAUUUUUCAUUUUAACAACUC